GCCCCGUCUUGGCUUGCGGCGCAGCCAACAGCCAGGUUGGCCGCGAGAGAACUGGAGCGUAGCACCACCAAAUCACAAUGGCUUUUAACAGACCGGCAAUUAUCCAGCCAUACGUGCUUGACCCCUUGUCAGACCCAGACGCCGAACAAGAGGAAGAGGAGCCACCUAGAUCCCCACGAAUACCAAAACCGGUAUCUGAAUGGUUAGUCAAUUUUGUACUUUCUUUCCAUCUGCAUCGCUGAUCUCUCAAAUUUCAGCAGACAGGCUAGCCAGCUACUAGCAGAGUAAACGUAGCCUACUGUAAUCGUCCUAUUAGAGAUACUGACCAAACAAUAUGAUUGCAUCCCUCUGUAUUUCUAUUAUCCAUAGUCUAUAAACAUUGAACAGUGUUUUGACUGGAAAGGCUAGGCGAGGCGAUAUUUUGUACCAUUUCAUAGGCGCUAUCAUUUCAAAUGGUAUGGAUUGGAACCUUCAGAAAGACAAAUAGCUUGUGUGCCUUCGUACAGCAACUUUAGAAAUUACAAUGACAUGACCAUACAAAAGCCUUUAGCUUUACAAGGGACGUGGUCAAGGAGAUCACCUAGACUGUACAUUGCUGGAGGAAUUUGACUCAUUCCCCUCGUCCUUUCAUAGGUGCCGAUGCGGGAACUGUGGUGCAAUGCCUACUGAACACGAGAGCUUGUGCUGUCAGGAGGUCCCAGAGGUCACAAGGCGCAUGGAGCAGGUGGAGGGCACUCAGCCUCAGUGUGUUAUCGACCAUCCUGGAUUUUAUGCCACGUCCCUCAAUGUGUAUGUGCUUCAAGCCAUGUACAACAUCUACAGAGCAGAUCAUGGACCAGUACGGCUACGGGGCAUAGAGCACCGUUACAGAUAUCUGGCGUACAGGAUGUUUGUCAGUUGGUGUUGGGGAUUCCUUGGGCGCCACAUAAGAGUCGUGGUUCCAUCAUGUGUCGUCCUGCGUGUUCGUCGGGAGUUUCCAGAUAGUCAACAGCAAUACAUGGGCUUCAGACUGCCUCCCCUGCGUUGA